CAUUCCUUUUCAUUUUUAACUUUUCUCUCAUUCUUCGCCACCCUCUCACCCUUUUCUCAUUCUCCCAUUCUCUCUCUCUUUCUUCACUACUCCGUCGUCUACCCUCAACACUAUAAUCACUGUCUAUCAUCAUAUCUUUUCCUUUCUUUUCUUCUUCCCCGUUUCUAGGUUUCCGGACCUGUGUUGUCUUUUUCCUCUGCGGAGGUGGAUUGUCUGGGUGUUGGCCAUGGUGACGAUGGUCAAGGACGAUUGGGUGAGGGCCGCGAUGAUGGACGACAGCGUGGUGGUGGAGCUUCUGGUGCGGCUCAAGCAGGCGCAGGCAGCGCCGUCGGUGGGGGUCGCUAAGUCCUCGGUGGCGUCACUCAGGUGGGGAAUCCGUCAGCCGCGGUCGCGGUCCCUUAGAUGCGACGCCGUUUCUCACAAGAAAGAAGCCGAUUCCGCCACCAGAGGCAGUCCUACAACUCCGCUAUCCUGGAGCGGUGGCGGUCGCGCUGGCUCUGCUUCGCCUUCUGCCACCGUUGACGGUUUCGAGGAGGCCAGCCGCCAAACUUCACGUUUUCCAGUCGUCGGCACCAGAUCCAAGGUUUCUCCCAUAAAUGAAACCACAAGCAGCUCUAACAGAAGAUUGAGGAGGAAAAAGACAUUUGCUGAACUUAAAGAGGAAGAGAGUCUUUUGUUGAAGGAGAGGGUGAACUUGAAAAAGGAAAUAGCAACAUUGCGUGCUACUUAUAAGGAACAGAGUGCCAGAAAUGAGAAUUUGAAAAAGAUGAAGAUUGAUUUGAACUUGCAGUGUGCAAAGAACUUGUGUUCGACUUCUGACGAGUCUGAGAAAGAGAUAUCUGAACAAUCCCAGCAGAGAGUAGCCUCUUCUGCUGACCAAGUUCCUACAACCCUAUCAAGAUAUGCUUUGGUUGAUGAUCAUCAACAAUCAGAUUCUUGUGAGACACACAAGCAUGUGCCUGCUGAGGAGGAAGGUCUUUUCUUGCUCCCUGAUCUAAACAUGAUGCCUUGUGAAGACGAUUCCGCCAUUGAAACUUUAUAUGGGACAAGCUAGAGAAGGAGGUCAUUCUUCAUCUCCUAAACUCAUAAGCAUGUGGCUAUAUAACCUUCAUAAGAUUGGUAGAUGCUUACCAGAAAAAUGACUACUGCUAACACCAUGUACAUUGGGAAAGAAGGAGGUGUUUGCAGAAGGAUGUAUAAUUUUCGGACUUGAUUGAAGUCUCGGGUAAUACGACUUCGAUAUCUGCUUCUUCCUUAAAAAAUGGCAAAAGAGGAAUUGAAGGUAAUGAAGAAGGAUUUGAGGGUAGUGUAGAGAUCCUGGCCGGUAGAUUAUAGAGAUUCUUGUCAUUUUGCAGGUGCCUACUGUUCCUCCGAAAUUCUUUGGGGUAAGCCCUCAUUACUUCUUGUUUUCGGAAUUUACUGCAGAAAUAAAAAAGUUUGUUCUCA